CAGCUAGGAUAGUGUAGACAAAAGAUAUUAAAACAAAACAAAAUUCGUUCAAAAUAAAAGAUAAUUUGCGUAGUUGAUACAAUCAUUUUAGCACAUGGUUAUCAGAGUAUAAAAACAACAUUCAUAACGCGUAUCGACGUGAAAUCGUUCGGUUUAUUCAGAGAGUCUUAAGUGAAAAUGGAGCUGUAUAAGUGUGAUAUUUCGACGGUAGAGUUCGACCCGAUGUGCGACAAGGAGAAUCCUCAGAGGAUAUCAUUUGAGGAUGUCUCGGCUGCAGCCUUUCGGAUUCAAAGUGGGAUCGUCAAAACGCCAUGCGUGAAAUCCCAUAUGUCCUCCUCCUUCGGUAUGGAUGUGUACCUCAAAAAUGAUUUCCUACAACAUACAGGAAGUUUCAAAGAGCGAGGUGCCCGCAACGCCUUGCUUCUGCUCUCGAAGGAAGUGAAAGAGCGCGGCGUGAUCUCAGCCUCGCUGGGCAACCACUCGCAGGCGAUCAGUUUCCACGCCAACCAGCUGGACAUACCUGCCACCGUGGUCAUGCCCAACGUGGCGCCCAUCAUGAAGAUACAGAAGUGCCGCUCCUACGGCGCCAACGUCAUCAUCCACGGCUACGACAUGAAGGAAGCCAAGUAUCACGCCAUGACUCUGGCUAAGGAGAAGGACCUCACUUACAUCAACGGCUACGACCACCCGCACAUCAUGGCAGGACAGGGCACGGUGGGGCUGGAGAUCGUGUCGCAGGUGCCCGGCGUGGACGCCGUGCUGGUGCCCGUCGGCGGCGGCGGGCUGCUGGCCGGCGUCGCCACCGCCAUCAAGCACCUCAAGCCCCACGUCUUGAUUUAUGGCGUGGAAACUGAAAAAUGUCCCAGUAUGAAACUCGCGAUAAAAUGUGAAGAGCCAACGAGUGUAGAUAUUCGGUCCACACUGGCAGAUGGUCUGGCGGUGCCCACUGUGGGGUAUAACGCAUACCGCACAGCUAAGGAUCUUAUUGAUCGAAUGAUCACAGUGAACGAAGACUGGAUCGCGCGCGCCAUCCUGCGGCUAGUGGAGCAAGAGAAGUACGUGGUGGAGGGUGGCGGCGCCGUCGGCGUGGCCGCUAUCAUGGCCGGCCUGGUGCCCGAGCUCGCCGGGAAGAAAGUGGUGUGCAUCCUCUCCGGUGGUAACAUCGACACGACGAUCCUGGGCCGCUGCCUAGAGCGCGGGCUGGCGGCGGAGCAGCGGCUGGUCAAGUUCAAGGUGACGGUGAGCGACCGGCCCGGCGGCAUCGCGGAGCUGUGCAAGCUCAUCGCGUCCAUCGGCGUGUCCAUCAAGGACAUCAUGCAGGAGCGCGCCUGGGUCUACGGGGACAUCUUCAGCGUCCGAGUGAAAGUGGUGUGCGAGACACGCGGCCCCGAGCACUUAGAGGAGCUGCGCGAGAUGAUCGCCAGCUCCUACCGCGAGUUCUACUUCACGGGCGAGGCCGACUACUACGCGCGCCGCCAGAGCCUCUUCUCACUCGACGACGUUUCACAUUAGCUUAUAGAUGACCACUGAACCACUGAACUGUCCCACCAAACUCAUUGACAGAGGGGCGCCGCCAUCUUUCAACUAUACAAUGUGUUUGGGAUAGGGCUAGCGAUAAAAUUUAAGGCGAAGUUGUGAUGUCAAUUUUAUCGACAAAAAUGUCCCCAUAUGCGGGCCCACCCCCCUAUCCCAAACACACUGUAUAGUUUCCAACAUGGCAAAAAUUGGAACCAUCGAUCCGGUAUUGACGGUGGCGCUGUAAAUGCCCUGUAAAUGUCACGGGUGGAACAGUUCAGUGUAUAGGGUCUAUUAGAUACGACUUUAAAGUUUAAAUACACUACAGGGGGAGAACAAGAGAGGAGUUAAAAUUGACAUUACAUACACUACACUACACGGGGAGAAAAAGAAAGGAAGAAGAAAUUGACAUUACAUACAAAACACUACACGGGGAGAAGAAGGCAGGAGAAAGAAAUGUUUAUUUGGGUCAUAAAGAACUAAAUAUGCGCUCAUAUCCGUCUAAAAACAAACUUGACAUUUAUGCACUACAUGGAGAGAACAAGAGAGAAGAAAGAAAUUAUUUAUUUGGGUCAUACGCUCAUAUCCGUCUAAAAACAGCCUUGAUAUUUAUACACUACACGGGGAGAAGAAGAGAGGAGAAAAAAAUUGUUUAUUUGGAUCAUACGACAUAAUGCGCUCAUAUCCGUUUAUCAAAACGACAAACGGUUCGCGCACAGGAUGGGUAACAUUUAUGCAGAUGAAUCUCGCCACUUGAAAUUAGGUAACAGAUUAAUAUUAUGAAGUAAGUUACAGGGUCGGUGCGCUUAGGGUAGAGCCCACUACUAUUAAAAUAAACUACAUGUAAAAACCUUAUGAUAGUCUAAAUAUUAUACUAUUGAUUAUAUAAAUAUAUACAUACCUACUCACAAUUACUAUU